AUGAAGAUGAUCUUGGAGAGACCACAUGAACGGUACGGUAGUGCCAUCUUCGCCAGGCCAGGAAUUAGAGUCACUUCUGCAUCACUGACUGACAGGCGGCCGAACUCGGAGGGCGCGACUCAGACAGCGGGCCGCGGUGCAGACACGGCGCCGCGCGAGGGUGCGCAGCACAGUAACGUGGCGGCCCUUCGUGGCCGAGGGACGAAGGCGGCAGCCACUGCGUCCCCGCCGCAGCUCUCGCCUGCACAGUUUCUCCCCACUGGCGGCAGCAACGAGACCAUAACCGGCUACAUGCCGCACCCGGCGGCGGCGGCGGCGGCGGCGGCGGCGGCUGAAUCACGGCCCGUGCGCGCCGCUCAGCGCGUAGGGAGGUCAAGGUCUGCGCCACCCGCCUCCAGCCUCCAGCCACCAGCCUCCCGGAAGGGGAUUAGCGGGCCCCCGCCCCCGCAGGCUGCACGCCAGAGAUUUAUGUCCCGCCGGCACCGGCCGCCUGCCCCCGCUUCUGCUCUGCACUGUGGCCCACUGUCGGGGGCAAAGCGGCCCGCAGCUGAAACGGAGGCUGGAGCUACGCGCGGGGGAAGGCGCGUAUACCCCGCCCCAGCCCGCGGCGCCGCACCGGACAAAGACCCCUGGCCGGCUGGACACGUGCGUCGCGGCGCCCGGCCGUCGGGGCGCUACUCGGCGUCGGGACGGCGAGGCUCAGGGCAAAUUCAGGUUGGAGCUGCUGGUCGAAAUUCUGUAACGGUGGGAGUUACUGACGACAGGCAGUGUGAUACGCUGAGGCAGCCGUCGGCCUCUGGGACUGCAGCGGCGGGAGUCCAAUCUUUGCGGGUACGGCGCGGCUCGGCGCCUCCAUUACGACACAUGUUGCUUCUGCCAGAGGCACCUGCGCGCUUCGCUCCCAGUGACAAUUGCUCCGCCCCCGUGAAGUUCCUCGUUGCGUUGCUCGGUGGUCGGGUGUCCACACGGUGGUUCCCACGCCCAUUGCGGCACGGCCUGCGGCGCCGCAUGGCCGCGCUGCGUGCGCGCCGGCGACGUCUGCGUCGUGACUGCUGCGCCUGCGCGGACGACCCGUCUAACCUGUUACGCCGGCUGCCGCCGCCGCGGCACGCCGCACACCCACUCGAUUCGCAGCGCAUCCCGCCGCGCCGGAACCGCCUAAUAACUCGCUGCGCUCUCGCCGACUCUUCCAGCCGGCCUGUCCGGCCUGUCCCUUCCUGGACACCAGCAUCGCACCUGUCGUGGUCCCCGUCAUCCGCAUUUACGUACUUCAGAUAA